AUGGCACCAAAUGGGGUAAAUGAGAAGAUGCUCACAACUGAAAUAGAAAAUAGUGGAACAGGCCAACAGCUUCAGGAUCAGUAUGACAACUUAGAAAAACAUACACAGUGGGGGAUUGAAUUCUUGGAUAAAUACACCAAGUUUGUGAAAGAGAGAGCAGAAAUUGAAUACAGUUAUGCAAAACAACUUAGGAAUCUUUCAAAAAAGUAUCAACCCAAAAAGAAUUCGAAAGAAGAAGAGGAUCAGAAGUAUACGUCAUGUAAAUCAUUUUUGACAACACUGCAGGAAUUAAAUGACUAUGCUGGACAGCAUGAAGUAAUUUCAGAGAACCUGACGGGGCACAUUAUUGCAGAGCUAACACGUUAUAUGCAAGAGAUGAAACAAGAAAGAAAAUCAUAUUUCCACGAAGGUCGAAAGGCACAGCAGCAUAUUGAAACUUCCUGGAAGCAGCUUGAGGCAAGUAAAAGAAAAUUUGAACGGGACUGCAAAGAGGCAGACAGAGCACAACAGUAUUUUGAAAAACUGGAUGCUGAUAUUAAUGUUACAAAGGCUGAUGUAGAAAAGGCACGGCAGCAGUCCAACUUGCGACAUCAAAUGGCAGCAGACAGCAAGUCAGAUUAUUCAUCAACCCUACAGAAAUUUAAUCAGGAACAACAUGAACAUUAUUUUACUCACAUACCAAACAUUUUUCAGAAAAUACAAGAUAUGGAGGAAAGGAGGAUAAAGAAGCUUGCUGAGUUAAUGAAGAAAUUUGCAGAAGUGGACCGCCAGGUGAUCCCAAUCAUAGGGAAAUGCCUUGAUGGAAUAACUGCAGCAGCAGACUCUGUUGAUGUAAAACGUGAUACACAGCUUGUAGUAGAAGCUUUUAAAUCUGGAUUUGAACCACCUGGAGAUAUAGAAUUUGAGGACUUCAGUCAACCUAUGCAGCGCACUGUGUCGGAAUCUAGUUUAUCAAACUCAAAAGGAGAAGGACGAUCUGAAACCAAAGGCAAACCCAAGGGCAAACUUUGGCCUUUUAUUAAAAAAAAUAAGCUUAUGUCCCUUCUAACAUCCCCCCAUCAGCCCCCACCUCCUCCUCCUUCCUCUGCCUCACCCUCUGCUGUUCCCAAUGGCCCUCAGUCUCCCAAGCAGCAAAAGGAACCCCUCUCCCAUCGCUUCAACGAGUUCAUGACAUCAAAACCCAAAAUCCACUGCUUCCGGAGCCUAAAGCGAGGGACACGAUCUUUCUGUUUUCAUAAAGAACUUAUGAAGAGGACAUUAGGGAAACCUACAUAUGCCUAUGAAGCUAGGGAGUAUUUUCUUUCUCUGAAGCUGACAACUUUGAAUGCACAGGUCUGGAGUCUAAUUGAGGGUUCAGGACCAGAAGAUUUUAGCAAUCUUCCUCCAGAACAGCGACGAAAGAAACUACAGCAAAAGAUUGAUGAGUUAAAUAAAGAGAUUCAGAAGGAGGUGGAUCAAAGAGAAGCUUUAACAAAAAUGAAAGAUGUUUACAUAAAGAAUCCACAGAUGGGUGAUCCAAACAGUGUGGAUCCUAGAUUGUCAGAAUUAUCACAAAACAUUGAGAGACUGCGACAAGAGUGUCAGAAAUUUGAGGGUUGGCUUGCUGAAGUUGAAGGAAGGUUGCCAACUAAAAAUGACAUGAAUCGGCGACAAAGUGGAGUAUAUGACGGUCAGAGCACUCAGAGUACACAGAACACUCCAGCAGUUAGCAACUGUGCACAAGACAGAGAAAGCCCAGAUGGCAGUUACACAGAGGAGCAGAGCCAGGAGUCCCAGGUGAAGGUUACAGCUCCUGAAUUUGAUGAUGACUUUGAUGAUGAAGAACCACUUCCAAUAAUUGGAACAUGCACAGCUCUAUAUACUUUUGAAGGUCAUAAUGAAGGAACAAUUUCAGUAACUGAAGGAGAAGUUCUAAAUGUGAUAGAGGAAGACAAAGGUGACGGUUGGACUAGAGUACGAAGAUCUGAGGAUGAAGAAGGAUAUGUUCCAACAUCUUAUCUUGAUGUCUGUUUGGAAACAAAUGCCAAAGAGACCUUUGGGAGCCAGGACUGUUUUGUUUGCUACAUCAGUUCAUUUUUGGUUGCCGUUCCUGCCUCCACAUGAUGGAAGGAUCUCCAGUAGAAUUGGAUUAUGCACCUGAAAGACUUAUCAUCAACCGGAGAUGGAACACUCUCAUAGACAAUAAGGACAAUCCUUUAUUAGGUAUGGAACUCGCUACUGCUACACUGCCAGUUCCAGGUAUUGCUAAUGACAUGACUGAAUUUAAUGUUAUGUUUAAAGAACUAGAGAAUUGUCUUUACAAGCUUCACCGCCUAAUUUGGCAACGUAGACAUCUUGAGGCAUGUCAACAUUUCAAAGUAGUUCCACGUGGCAUGAGGGUGUUGUGUAUGCCCUCGUAUGGUAACAACCAUCCAGAACUACUUAAGAGCUGGCAGAGGCUUAACCUUGAAUUGAGCUAUAAAUAUAUCAAAUUGUUACUUGAAUAUUUCUUACCCAUUGAAAAUGAACUAGCGACUAAAGCAGAUCAGCUGAAUAGUGAUCUAAUGGCAAGAUUUAAAGGGGAAAUCUUUUUAAAGAGGUUAGAUAACCUCUAUGUUCAAAUUACUUCAUAUAGUGACAGGCUUCAACAAGUUAAGUCACGUAAGCUUCAAAGAGACUAUCGUGACUUUUCCAGUGGGCAAGUGUUUGUUUGGCCCAGGUUGUCACGUAAUCAAGAUGGAUUUAAUGGUGGGUUGUUGACUGGUGAGACACCAUUGAAUCCCCCUUCAGAAUCGACAUAUGUUGCCCCUUUAACACAUCCUAUGGGGCCAGGUAAUCCUUCUACGUCACAUCCUGAGAGCACCGGAACUACACAGCUGGCUGCGACUGGUACUCCUCCGCCUAACCAGUUAUCCUUGAACUCACAUCAUCUCAUGGGAGCUAAACCCAAGAUACAAGACAGCAUUGAGCGUUUUUUACCCCUGCCUGUUCAACUCCACAGAACAUCAGGGGACAGAUCGCGGAGUCGAGGAAGAACAAAGAGAAAACUUUCCGAAGAGUCGCAGACGAGGAGAGCACGGAUGAGGGAUUAAAUCACUUGAUUUUCAACCUUUCUAAUAUUGAACUCUAAAACUGACAUUAAUGUUUUGAAUAGAGGAUUGUCUUAUAUACCUGCACAGGUCAGUAAACUUAAUAAAACGCUCAUUUAUUUAA